AUGGUACCAGAAUGGCAACAGGCAUACAUGGAUUAUGGUAGUUUAAAGACUCUGUUGAAAGAUAUCCAACGUUUCAAACAAAGAAAUAGGCCAACGCAACCAACCGCCGCAACCUUGACUAGAAAAUAUACACUGCGCAGAGCCUUCAGUGGUCUAACACGGUGGAGCAACUCCUCCACCACCACCACUAGCGCAGCCUCCACCUCAGAUUUAGAAAAUCAAGUCAUUCUUGUGAACUCUGUGAGGCGUAACGGCGAAGAAGGUUGUGAGACCAUGUUCCUCAUGGCGGCAGACGACGGAGGAGAGCUUGAGCUGGUGUACUUUAGGAGGCUUGAUUUUGAGCUAAAUAAGGUGGUAAAGUUCUACAAAUCUAAAGUGGAAGAGGUGAUGAAGGAGGCUGCUGAGUUGAACAAGCAAAUGGAUGCUUUGAUUGCUUUUAGAAUAAGGGUUGAUGAUGAUCCAAGGGUAUGGUUUGAUAGUGCAGGGGGAGGAGAAAGAGAGAUGACUCGUCUUGCUUCAGGUGUUGCAGCUGCAACAGCUGCGUUGUCUGCUUCUACUCCCCGUGGGGCGAAAUUAAAGAGACAUGUUCCUAAAAAGGUGGUAAAGUUCUACAAAUCUAAAGUGGAAGAGGUGAUGAAGGAGGCUGCUGAGUUGAACAAGCAAAUGGAUGCUUUGAUUGCUUUUAGAAUAAGGGUUGAUGAUGAUCCAAGGGUAUGGUUUGAUAGUGCAGGAGGAGGAGAAAGAGAGAUGACUCGUCUUGCUUCAGGUGUUGCAGCUGCAACAGCUGCGUUGUCUGCUUCUACUCCCCGUGGGGCGAAAUUAAAGAGAAGAAUGCAAAUGGAAAUAAUAGAAGAAGAUGGACCAAGCAGCGAGGUUCAAUCAGACGAAUCAAGUGGCUGUGAAGACUUCAAAGAGACAAAACCUAUCAACCAAAAUGUUCAAAAACAAAAGCCUAGCAACAUCAUGGUCACCAGACCACAACCUCUAGAAAUACUAAACCAUGUGAAAAUGACCAACACUCUUGAAACUCCUCGUUCGACAAUCAAAGGUUUUCUUAAUGUUUCUAAUCAGACAGAGUUGAAGUUCAACAAGGAAAAUCUGAAGAAAAUAGAAGAAAGACUCAAGCUGGCUUUCAUUCAAUUUCACCACAAGCUUCGUUUUCUCAAAAGCUAUAGCUUCUUAAAUCUUUUGGCAUUUUCAAAGAUCAUGAAGAAAUACGAUAAGAUUGCUUCAAGAAAUGCAUCAAAACCUUACUUGAAAAUGGUGGAUGACACACAUCUAGGUAGCUCCGAUGAGGUUACAAAGCUUAUAGAGAGGGUUGAAGCAACAUUCAUCAAACAUUUUUCCAACUCGAACCGGAGAAAAGGGAUGAACAUCUUGAGGCCAAAAGCAAAGAAAGAAAGGCAUAGGGUAACAUUCUCUUUAGGGUUCUUUGCUGGUUGCUCACUAGCUCUUUUACUGGCCCUUAUUUUGGUUGCGCGAGCCCGCGAUAUUCUUGGAAGCGAAGGCAGAUUGCACUACAUGGAUACUAUGUUUCCCCUUUACAGCUUGUUCGGAUUCAUUGUUCUGCACAUGAUUAUGUAUGCUGCAAAUGUAUACUUCUGGAGGCGGUACCGAGUCAAUUUUCCAUUUAUUUUUGGCUUCAAGGAAGGGACAGAGUUAGGCUACCGAGAAGUUCUACUCGUAAGCUUUGGUUUAGCCAUUCUAACACUAGCCUGUGUGCUUUCAAACCUUGAUAUGGAAAUGGACCCGAAAACAAUGGACUACAAAGUAAUAACAGAACUUCUCCCCCUUGGAUUAGUAGGGCUACUACUUGCCAUAAUGUUGUGCCCUCUCAAUAUCAUUUAUCGAUCGAGUCGUUUCUUCUUCCUUACAUGUUUGUUUCACUGUAUCUGUGCUCCUCUCUACAAGGUCACACUCCCAGAUUUCUUCUUGGCAGACCAACUGACUAGCCAGGUUCCAGCACUGAGAAGUCUGCAGUUCUACAUUUGUUAUUAUGGUUGGGGAGACUACAAACGCAGAGAAAACAAUUGCAAUUCAAGUGAUGUUUACAACGUUUUCUUCUUCAUUGUAGCUGUAAUCCCGUAUUGGAUGCGUCUAUUACAGGUAAAUCUACUACAUGAUACAAUUCAACUAUUUGGGUGCCUCCGACGCUUGUAUGAAGAGAGAGAUCCAAUGCAGGGUUACAAUGGGCUGAAAUAUUUCUCAACAAUUGUAGCAGUGUGUACAAGGACAGCUUACAGUGUCAACAAAGGGAUCAGUUGGAGGGUGAUAGCCUGGAUUGCCUCAGUCAUUGCAACCAUCUUUGCCACAUACUGGGACAUUUUGAUAGACUGGGGGCUUUUCAACAGGAAUUCUAAGAACCGUUGGUUGAGAGACAAGCUUCUUAUCCCACAUAAAACUGUAUAUUUUGUAGCCAUGGUCCUGAAUGUCUUGCUGAGGUUAGCCUGGUUGCAAUCGUUGCUAGGAUUUGGGGUUUCUUUCUUACAUGGAAAUACUUUAAUUGCCAUUGUAGCUACCCUGGAAAUCAUUCGUCGGGGUAUAUGGAAUUUCUUCAGGUUGGAGAAUGAACAUCUGAACAAUGUUGGUAAAUAUCGUGCAUUCAAGUCUGUGCCUCUGCCUUUCAAUUACGACGAAGAUGAGGAGAAAGAUGAAUAG